GUGGCUUUUAACAGCGAAGAACAGCGAAUGACGUUCUUUCCGGCUCCGGUUUCUCAGCAAGAGUAAAGAUGUUGAUGCCCAAGAAGAACCGCAUUGCUAUCUAUGAGCUCUUGUUUAAAGAGGGCGUCAUGGUGGCCAAGAAAGAUGUGCAUCUCCCCAAACAUCCAGAACUCGCGGACAAGAACGUACCCAACCUUCACGUCAUGAAGGCUAUGCAGUCUCUGAAAUCAUGCGGCUACGUCAAAGAGCAGUUUGCUUGGCGCCAUUUCUACUGGUACCUGACCAAUGAGGGGAUCCAGUACCUGAGGGAUUUCCUGCACCUGCCCCCCGAGAUCGUACCCGCUACCCUCCGCCGCCAGACUCGCCCAGAGACGGCCAGACCGCGCCCCAAGGGUCUUGAGGGAGAAAGACCGGCUCGUCUGGCCCGUGGCGAGGGAGACAGAGACGCAUAUAGACGGUCUGCAGCUCCGCCUGGUGCAGACAAAAAGGCUGAAGCUGGUGCAGGUGCAGCCACAGAAUUCCAGUUUAGAGGUGGUUUUGGCCGUGGCCGAGGACAGCAGCCACAGUGAUUUUCCACAUUAUCUGUACAAUAAAAUUUCAAAAGAA